AUGUCUGACUGGGAUCAAGUCACCAAGAUUGGGAGCAAGACCCGAGGCCCGGGAGCCUCAUCGCGCGAGACUGUGAUCCGUGGAAAGAGCGCGUUGAAUGCUGCUGCUCGAACCGGCUCCGUCAUCGCGACGGAGAAGAAAUUCUCGACUGCCAACGCUUCCGGAAGCGGCCCCGAGGGUCAGCGCCUGACCAAGGUCGACCGAUCGGACGAAAUCAUCAAGCCCAACACUGUGGGUAAGGUGGUUGGAGAGGCUAUCGCUUCUGCCAGACAAAAGAUGGAACCCAAGAUGACCCAAAAGGAUCUCGCCAACCGAUGCAACACCACGCAGGCCAUAGUUGCCGACCUCGAGCGGGGGACCGGUGCUCCCAACCAGAAGAUCCUGGGUGCGAUGGAGGGCAUCUUUGGAAUCAAGUUGCGAGGCAGUGACAUUGGAGCCCCCAAGUUUGCCAACAAGAAGAAGUAA